AUGGUUGAAGAAUUUUAUGGAGGAAUAAAAUCUUACGACGUUCAUACUUAUUGGAACAAUAAUAAUGAAAAAGAACGCGAGUUUGCAUAUCAGUUACGAGAGAAUGUAAGCAAAGAUUUUGCUGAGGAUAUUGCAAAUGGAGAUAUACGAGUACACAAGUUUUGGGAUAAACCUAUUGGGCCACAUCCCAUCAAUAUGUGGGAAUUAGAUUUUAAGAAACCAGAAAUUUUUGUUAAAAUUGUCCCCUAUUUUCAAUUGAAUCAUGGCAAAUUAUCGGUCUUGAUACAUCCAAGAUCUGAUCAGGGAGAUUUGAAAGAUCAUACUGAUCAUGCAUUAUGGCUUGGUCACAAGGUGAGAUUAGAUACUACUUAUUUAUAA